CGGGCGGGUGCGGGAGGGGAAAAAGCAGCAGAGUGGUUCGUCUUACUAAUAUACGAUCUUUGCUUGAAGGUAGUUGCCAAAGUUGGCAGAGCAGGCAGGAGUCAACGGGAGCGAGCACCGCGCUGCUGCGGAUUACACCGGCCGGGACAGAGCAGGACGGGAGCGCUGCCGUCUCAAAAACCUGACAAGUGAAGAACUACUUUCAGACGGUGGUCGGUCGACAGGAAAGUUAACGGGGAAUUAAACGUCAGCCGGGACCGCUGGAGUGUGUUUUAUCGUCUCCGAAGGACUGUCUGACACCAGCGGAGAAGGUACGUUAAGCUUUGCUCUGGAGGCCAUGCUAAUAAAGAUCUUCCUCUUGCGGUGAGCUGUCUGGUGGACAGUAAGAGGCAUCAUGGCGGAGCUGCCUAUCGCCCCGGGCCAGGUCUACAUCGAGGUAGAGUACGACUAUGAAUACAUGUCCAAAGACCGCCUCAUCACCAUCCAACAGGGGGAAUGCUACAUGCUGGUCAAGAAAACCAACGACGACUGGUGGCAGGUGAAGAAGGAGGAGGGGAGUAAACCUAUCUAUGUACCUGCUCAGUAUGUCAGAGAGGUCCGCAAGGCCCUCAUGCCUCCUCCUAAACCUCUGCCACAUCCUCCUGCCGCCACCGGUAACACAACCCCACAAAGCGGCGGAGCACUCUGGGUAAAACCAACCAAUCUAGACCUGGGACUCCACAACACUUCGACCGAGAACCUUCACAGACACGAGUCCAGCUACCGGCGCUCACCCUCCGCUCAAUCUGCCUCUUCUGGACACUUCAGUCCCCCGAAUCAGCGCAGGGACAGUAACCACCAUCACCCUCCGAGCACUCCCACCGACCACGAACGAGCUUUGGCUGACAUCCUCGUCCACGGCGGCGGCCCCCAGCCCGCCCACCGAGGCGGGUCCCUACCCCGCACCCGAGCCCGAUCCCCGAACAUGAUCAGAGCCCCGCUGGAUGUGGACAGCACCCAACACUGUGACUCUGCGGGUGAAGAGAGACGCACCAAUGACUCCGAGUCCGGAGACGAACUGAGCAGCAGUUCCACCGAACAUCUUCAGACGGUAUCUUCGUCAGGCCAGGGUCGCUCCGAGUCUCCCGUCUACACCAACCUCCAGGAACUGAAGAUCACCCAGUCCAACCUGCCCCCUCUGCCCACCAGCUCCCCCCUCCAUGUGCUGGGAGACUGGGAGACCUACAAAGACCAGAACGGCAGGCACUUCUACUACAACCGCUCCACCCAGGAAAGGACCUGGAAGCCGCCCCGGGCCAGAGACACCAGCAGCGGGAACUCCAGAGGAGACAGCCACAGCGCAGGAGAGAGCUCUGAGACCACUCCUCUCUCGCUAUCGCCGUCUUUCCUCCCCUUCCUCUCGCUCUCCAUCGGUCGUCUCCAGCCUCUGUCGUCGGAGGACACCUGCUUCAGUACCUACUCUAGCCAAUCAGACAGUCAGUAUGGCUCGCCGCCACGUGGCUGGUCAGAGGAGAUGGACGAGCACGGCCACACGCUGUACGUCAGCGACUAUACUAAUGAGAAGUGGUUAAAACAUGUUGAUGACCAGGGCAGGCCGUAUUACUACAGUGCAGACGGUUCCAGGUCAGAAUGGGAGUUGCCAAAGUACAACCACUCCCCUCCACAGCCAUCCGCAGAUGCUCCAAAGAGUCGCAGUCUGGACAGGAAAAACGCGGAGCCCAUCGUCCUGACCAAGUGGAGACACAGCGCCUACGUCCAAGAGCCAAGCGACAAGGAUGCACCGUUGGGCCCCAAGCCCCCUUCUCCUGACUCUGACUCCUGCCCUUCAUCUCCCAAGCCCCCCACCUCUCCGUCUGAAAAGUGCGGCGUUCUGAAUGUGACAAAGAUAACAGAGAACGGCAAGAAAGUUCGGAAGAACUGGACUUCCUCCUGGACAGUUCUGCAAGGAUCCAACUUGCUGUUUGCCAAAGGCCAGGGAGGCGGGACCAGCUGGUUUGGAGGCAGUCAGUCCAAACCAGAGUUCACUGUGGAUGUGAGGGGCGGCUCGGUGGAAUGGGCUUCCAAGGACAAAUCCAGCAAGAAGCAUGUUAUAGAGCUAAAGACUCGGCAGGGCACAGAGCUGCUGAUCCAGUCGGAAAACGACAGCCUCAUCAACGACUGGUACCGAACGCUGCAGGACACCAUCAGCACCCAUGCGUGGGAGUCUGAUGAGGCCAUAGAAGAAGACAUGCCUGAGUCACCUGGUGUGGAGAAACAUGACAAAGAGAAAGAACACAGAGACUCCAAGAAAGGCAGAGCCAUGAAGACCUCGACCAGCAUGGACGCCUCCGACAACAAGAAGACCAGACACAAGCUGAAGAAGUUCCUCACCCGCCGUCCGACCCUGCAGGCCGUCAGAGACAAGGGAUACAUCAAAGAUCAGGUGUUUGGCUGCAGUCUCUCCAGUCUGUGUCACAGGGAGAACAGCACAGUGCCCAUCUUUGUCAAGACAUGCAUCGACCAUGUGGAGAACAACGGUCUGUGUGUGGACGGGCUGUACAGAGUUAGUGGAAACCUUGCUGUCAUACAAAAACUACGUUUUGCUGUCAAUCAUGAUGAGAAGGUGAACCUGGCAGACGGGAAGUGGGAGGACAUCCAUGUGACCACUGGAGCUUUAAAGAUGUACUUCAGAGAGCUGCCGGAGCCUCUCUUCACCUACGCUCUCUUCCACGACUUUGUCAGCGGCAUCAAGAAUCCAGACUAUAAGCAGCGAGUUCAGGCCAUCAAAGAGCUGGUCAGACAGCUGCCAAAGCCCAACCACGACACCAUGCAGGCUCUCUUCAAACACCUCCGAAGGGUGAUCGACCACGGUGAGGAAAACCGUAUGACCACCCAGAGCGUGGCCAUCGUGUUCGGCCCCACGCUGCUGCGGCCUGAGACGGAGACCAUGAACAUGGCGGUCCACAUGGUCUACCAGAACCAGAUAGUGGAGCUUAUACUGCUGGAGUACGAGAACAUUUUCGGGAGGUAGACGGAGACGCCAAAGGAUUAGCCGUUUCUUUUUAUUUUUUCUCUACCAACGCAGAGCUCUUCCUAACCCAGCAUGGCCCUGCGAAAAACAGCCCGGAUCGGCCCGGCCUGGCACGGGGCAGCUUCUCUUCAUCUCAAACCAACCUGUGGUCACCGGCUUCUCCAAAUCUCGCAACCUCUGGACCAAAGCCACGCAAAAUGUUUCAUGAACCAAAACAUAGUAGCUAAAUACAUGUAGCUAACUAGCGACCAAAAAUUUUAGACUCUUUGCACUUUUCAGUAUCUCAUUUUCUCCUGCGGCUGCAUUUGUGCCACUGAAGCAAAAGGUGGCGUCCUCCUGUCCCAACACUGGAUUCCUAAAAACUGAUAGAUGGGCCAAACAAGCCGCUACUGGUGCACAGACUGACUGAGACCAAAGGAGCUGCGGAAUAAUGAGCCUUUGUUGCCUCGUAGGAAGGAGCCGUCAGUAUUGGAGGUUAAUGAUGUUGGCUGCACCCUGUAUGUACCGUACUGUAAAUCUAAUCACUUGUAUAGACUCAAUCACUCCUGUUUGAACCACACUGGGAUACAACUGAAGAAAUCAAACUCCUUCUACCCUCAGCUUGACUAUAGAUGUUUAGGCACUAAGAGAAGAAAUAAGUUAGAACAAGGAGAAGAAGGGAUGACGUGGAGGUCUUUUAUUUAGGAACUAUAGGUUGCUCAACGUUGUUGACUCUCCUUCACUUUCUCUUUAUUUUAAAUGUUUUCCUCUCCUCCGCUGUCUCUCCAUCUCUCUCCCAAUCUGUUUCUCCUUUCUGAAAUCCUGAAAUACUGGACUAGGGUCCUUUGAACACAUGACAGGUUAUCGUGUUCUUGUCUGUAUUACAGUAUAUCUGCACGACACCUUCUCCAUUUGGCUUUUAGAACAAAUCAUCUUGUAGCGGUCAGAACAUCAACUUGAAAAAUACAAACAAACGGUACUCAGCUGUGUCUUUCCUUGACUCAUGGAUAUGAAAUGUUUAAAAACAGCCUUUAAACAUCUCUCUAUUGAAACAUUUGUACAGUGUUUAUGUGUAUGCAUGUAAUUGGGGGGUGGAUGGAUGAAUGGAUUCAAUGUACCUUAUAUUGUACAAAUACUAAAUACGUACACACCUACAGAGUGUUAAAAUAUGUUAUGAGGGAGCAGUGUAACCAACAGUUGUGAGGAAUAAAGUUAUGAGGUGGGGAUGUGGAGGUAUAACUGUGAGUGAGGUAAAAGGAUGAUUGUGAAUGUAAUUUUGCAAAAUAACAUUUGUUUGCUUUGUCAAACUGGAAUAAAGACCUCUAGAGAGAGGAACUCUAGAGAUAGUCUUUA